GAGAGAGAGAGAGAGGCACUAAAGAGAUGAGAGGGGUUGGAGGGCCAUUGUUAUGCAUCGGCGAUCUGCUGAGUGACGUUGGUGAAACUGAUGAUCUAAACAACCUUCCUAUCAAAACACAAACACCUUCACCUGAGGACUACAAUUCCAACCUCCAACCUGCCGAUUUAAAUAACCUCUUCCAGGAAAAGUAUGAGCAGCUGAACAAGGCUCUUGCUGGCACAGAUCAUUCAUGGACGCAUCUCACACUGGAGCUAUGUACUACUUUGGAGACUGCAAACAAGUUGGUUCACUCGACCAAUUCUAAUGUUGGCAUGUUGAAAGAUAAGGUUGAGGAGCUUCGGGAUGUCAUUAAUAGAAGAGACUCAACUAUAGAAGCUGCAAAAGCCUUUGAAGUCUCUCCAAAACAACCUGAGAGCAGUUAGUGAGGAUGUCUGAUUAUGAUGAUCAACCGGUUGAAGGUCAGAAGUCUUGUUUUGCACUGGACUUAUCACUUCUAGCUUUUGCACGGACUUCUUAGUUUGUUCUUGCGGUAAUUAUGCAUGAAUUAGAGAUAUUGGUACUGGCAAAGGUUAAGCUGCAUUUGCUG